GUGUCCAAAAUAAACUGCGCAGGUGCUUGUGUGCGUAAAAAGGUCAAAAACGUUUUGUGAUUGAAAUCUUAACCAGUUAUCAAUCAAUAUUGGCGACUACACCAAUAAUAAUAAUAAUAAUAAUAAUAAUAAUAGGCAUGAACUCCACCCUGUUCCAAUUUGUUCCAGUGAGAUUUAGGGACGCACGAGGCCAUUGUCUCCACCCAUUAAGACCAAUCACGGGAUUGCCCGGCAGUUUAACAUAGCUGUCCACUUCCUGCUCACUAAACGUGAAAUUGAUGCUUAACAGGCUGGAACCCUGGCCAGUAAAUUUGAAUGUCAUUUCCACUUUUGCAUAUGACCGAUAUAAUUAGUUUUCCGCAAUGCGCCGCGCGUGGAAACAGUUGGGAUAAUGAAAUGCGCGUCGGCCUUCGACCCGCGUAUAUGAUGGAGGUCAUAAAUAGUAUUCACGCAACAUUAAAUGAUGCUUUCCCCAACACUGGAUUGCUCACCCGCCCUCCUCGGGCUGUUCUGGGGCACUGUUUUGCAUCUGUUUUUCCUGGAGGGAAAUGGAUCCAACUGAGGUUCUGCAGCUUCGUUUGUGCCACACGUUUACACGUGUCUCAGAGAAAAGCUACAAGUUUGUGUGUGUACGAACAGCCUGUUAUGGAGGUCUACAUAAGGAUGAAGAAAUUAUCUGCUGUUAAAUCAGAAUGAGUUGCUUCAUGGAACAGCUCCUGUCCAACUUUUUUUUUUUGUCAGCUGACAUGAGCAAACAGCACUAAGGGCUACCUGGAGAGACAAAAUUGGAUUUAUGAUGUUUGAAAUGGCUUAUUCACCGCUGAAUCAUCAUUCGGGAAUUGCAACUGGUUGCCGUGACAACCUGCCAAGAUCAUACCGGAUAUCUUUUCAAAAAAAGUGGUUCGAAACAAGGAAUUGGAUGCUGUUACAAGACAGAUAAGUCUACGCGGGUGAACAACAGAGAAAAUGAUGCCACCAGAAGAUACCUGGACGCAGCUAACUCCUAAAGAGUUCGGCAGUGCCUUUGCGCCUUUUCCUCGCUACACUUGGAUUCAUCCAAACGCACCGACAGACAGCUUUGACCGAGUCUGCAAAGUGAUCUGGAGCAGAGCAAAGUGGCCUCCGGAGAAACCCGAUGGAGGUGAAAGUUCAGAGCAGAGGUCAGCGGAUAAAAACGGCAUCAGCUCAGGCAGAAAGCCGAGUCGUGGGGCUGAGGAGCAGCAGAAAGAGACAGAUGAUUUGAGUGUGAGCAUGCCGUAUGAGAAGGACAAGAAGCAAUACCACACUGACUUCAUCCUUCCCUGUCCUUAUCUCUCGGGCCGCAGAUAUCCCCAUGUUGCCCAAACUGCAUGGGUAGCGAGCUCUGUGAUGAAAAUAGAGAUGGAACUAAAUAAGGAAGACUCAGAGAGGAAAAGAAAGUUGGAGAAAGAUGUGGGAGAUAAACAAAGGAGUAUGGAAGAUUCUGUUGAGAAGAUUCCAGUGUCUCAAUCUGAACCUAAAACACAACCUCUGCUGACAGAUCCUGUCUGCAGUGCGCCCAACGACCACACUCUACGCACACGAAACAAAAAACCUUUGCCUCGUGCUAAACUACGAAGAGAAACGUGUGAAAGUGAGGACGAGCAGGAUGCAAGAAGCAGAUCAAGCAGCAAAUCUAGUGAUGAUGACACCGUCACAUUACCUGGGCUGAAAGAUUGUGCCACUGAUAGCUGUGACGACGACACAGUGAGUGACACAAAUGAGGUGAAGGAAAACAACAUCCCACAUUCGCCUGAUGAAUUAAGCUCUGACAGUGUGCAGGAUUCCCCAUCUAGCAUGGAAAAAGACUGCCCUCCACUCCCUACCAGGAAGGCUGGCAUUAAACUCCGUCCCACACGGCCCUCAGCUUUGGGGAAGAUGCGCAGCCAGUGGGAGAUUCCCCUUUCAUUCCACCCAGAUGACAUCCCCACUGCCACUUUGGCAAGUGCCGCAGUUGCCCCUGUGCAGGCUGCUGUCCAACGCAAAGGAAAAGCACCGCGGGCAAACUCAAAAACCAACGGACCACCACCACUAGCACCCAGGAUCUGGGCUAACGUUGCAGCAGCAGCAGUCCCGGUGCAGCAGCCAGCUUAUGACCUAUUGGCUGACUUCCCUGCUCUCCAGCCCUCAGAGAAGCCUUUCGUGCUGGGCGUAUUGCAUCAUGGCAAUCCCAAGACCAAAGCUGCAAAAGGGAAAAGAGGUCUUACUCACUCAACAAACCGCUGCCAAGACAGUGGGGUUUCCCAUGAGAAGAGAUUGGAAAACGUGGCCCACGAGGUCCGCUCCAUCUGUGCAGGAGAUCAAAAAUCUACGGUGGACUUCCAAACACUUGGCUUGGUCAGGCAAAGCAGCUCUCCUACCAUCAGCUGUGAGGAGCUGAGGGCCAACAACAAGCCGCCUCCUAGAGGUACAGAUGGCAUGCCUGUUAAUGCCAGGACCUGGGCUAGCGCUGCCAAAGCGGGCAUGAAGCAAGCAGCUGCCCCUCAGGAGAAAGCCAGACCUUGUACCUUUCAGCAGAUAGUUACCAUUAAUGGAGCCAAAGCUGGGUAUUCUGCUGCUCUGAAGUUUUCCAACAAAGUGACUCCUUCACAUCUGGGAGCCAGUCCGAGGGUAACUGCUUCUUGUCAAGGCCCUCCACUUCGCAACCUACACCGCUUUGUCAAACCUGGUUACUCUCCUGCCCUUCAAUUUGGCUCCCAGGCUCAUCGAGCCAACUGUCCUCCAAGACAUGGAUGUCCCUGUUUACCUGUCCAACAGGGCGGAGGUGUCCCUAAAAGCCAUGUGAGAUGACAGCCAAGUACUUGCGUUUUUACUGAGGGUAGAAAAAUCCACCAGCCUCUGUUGCUUUCCCUUGUUUGAAUCUCAGUAAACAUUUACUUCAUGCCA